GUAUAUUGAAAUCCAAGCCCCUUAUCACUUCAUUUUCCGUCUUACACACCAACAGAGUGCCAUGGCAGCUCUCAAUCUUGCUCCUUUAUCCAAAACCUUAAACCCUAACUCUCAAUUCCAAAACCUCCCUAAAACCCCAAGUUUUCUUCUGUCUCUUUCCUACCCUUUUGUGACCACCUCUAUCUCUUCAAUUCCAGCCGGAAAAAGUUCAAGAAUCCCAGUUGUAAGAGCCAUUUCAGAUGGGGAAUACUCGUCUAAGAGGAGCAGUGAUGAAAGGGAGACUAUUAUGUUACCUGGUUGUGAUUAUAACCAUUGGCUUAUUGUGAUGGAGUUCCCUAAGGACCCUGCUCCUACUAGAGAACAGAUGAUUGAUACUUACCUUGACACCCUUGCCACUGUUCUUGGCAGUAUGGAAGAGGCAAAGAAGAACAUGUAUGCCUUUAGUACUACCACUUACACUGGAUUUCAAUGCACUGUAUCUGAAGAAACAUCAGAGAAGUUUAAGGGUCUACCUGGAGUUCUGUGGGUCCUGCCUGAUUCUUACAUAGAUGUGAAGAACAAGGACUAUGGAGGAGAUAAGUACAUCAAUGGAGAGAUAAUUCCUUGUCAGUAUCCUACUUACCAACCCAAGCAGUCUAACAGAACAAGAAGCAAGAGUAGUAAAGCAUAUGUGAGAAGAAGAGAUGGUCCUCCCCCUGAACGAACAAAACAAGCCGCAGCUCCUGAGUCUUCCUCCUAAAACUAUAAUGGUGCAUUGGUUUUAUCUGAUCUUAGUCGAAUUGCCAUUUGGAAACGCCAAUAUAUCAUUUAUAGCCUCGUAUUGGUGAGCAUUUCGACAAAGAUGUUGGUGCUUAAAGGUUAGAUGGGAAUACACUGCUAGUCUAGGAGUUUUGGUCGACUGCAUUUAUGGCUUUAUCUUUCCUCGAGACUAGCUUUCUAGUUGCAUUAUCAAGAAUGAGAAAGAAAGCUGUGUCAGUAUGUAAUUUUGAUUGUGACCUGGUUAUUUUAUGUUCAAAGUUUGAAUAUGUA